CCGGCCGGGAGUAGCGUCACUUCCGGUGCGUCCUUCCUUUCUCGGUCCCGUUGGUCCUCUAGCCAUGGAGACCAUCCUGGAGCAGCAGCGCCGCUACCACGAGGAAAGGGAGCGGCUGAUGGACGUCAUGGUCAAGGAGAUGCUCACCCGGAAGCCCACGCUGCGGGACCAGAUCAACUCGGACCAGCGGACCCGCGCCAUGCAGGACCGCUACAUGGAGGUCAGUGGGAACCUGCGCGACUUGUACGACGACAAGGACGGGCUGCGCAAGGAGGAGCUCAGCGCCAUCUCCGGCCCCAAUGAGUUUGCAGAGUUCUACAACCGCCUCAAGCAGAUCAAGGAGUUCCACCGGAAGCACCCCAAUGAGAUCUGUGUGCCGAUGUCUGUGGAGUUUGAGGAGCUCCUGAAGGCCCGAGAGAACCCCAGUGAAGAAGCCCAGAACCUUGUGGAGUUUACCGACGAAGAGGGGUACGGCCGCUACUUGGACCUACACGACUGUUAUCUCAAGUACAUUAACCUGAAGGCUUCGGAGAAACUGGACUAUAUCACUUACCUUUCUACUUUUGACCAACUCUUUGACAUUCCCAAGGAAAGGAAAAAUGCAGAGUACAGGAGAUACCUGGAGAUGCUCCUGGAAUACCUGCAGGAUUACACAGAUCGGGUGAAGCCUCUGCUAGACCAGAAUGAGCUCUUUGGCAAAAUCCAAACCGAUUUUGAGAAGAAAUGGGACAACGGCACUUUCCCUGGUUGGCCGAAAGAGACCAGCAGUGCCCUCACCCAUGCGGGUGCUCACCUGGACCUCUCAGCCUUCUCUUCCUGGGAGGAGUUGGCCUCCCUUGGGCUGGAUCGUCUGAAAUCUGCUCUGCUGGCGUUGGGUCUCAAGUGUGGAGGUACGUUAGAGGAACGUGCCCAGAGACUGUUUAGCACUAAGGGGAAGUCCCUGGAGGCCCUUGACCCCUCCCUCUUUGCCAAGAACCCCAAGACAAAGGGAAGCAAACGGGACACAGAACGGAACAAAGACUUGGCCUUUCUGGAGGCUCAGAUCUACGAGUAUGUGGAGAUCCUUGGGGAGCAGCGGCAGCUGACCCAUGAGAAUGUCCAGCGUAAGCAGGCAAGGACCGGGGAGGAGCGGGAGGAGGAGGAGGAGGAGCAGAUCAGCGAGAGUGAGAGUGAGGAUGAAGAGAACGAAAUCAUCUACAACCCAAAGAACUUGCCUCUGGGCUGGGAUGGCAAGCCAAUUCCCUACUGGCUCUACAAGCUCCAUGGCCUGAACAUCAGCUACAACUGUGAGAUCUGUGGGAACUACACAUAUCGGGGGCCCAAGGCAUUCCAGCGACACUUUGCAGAGUGGCGCCAUGCUCAUGGGAUGCGAUGCCUAGGCAUCCCCAACACAGCUCACUUUGCCAACGUCACACAGAUUGAGGAUGCCGUCUCCCUGUGGGCCAAACUGAAGCAGCAGAAGGCUUCUGAGAGGUGGCAACCGGACACAGAAGAGGAAUAUGAGGAUUCCAGUGGGAAUGUGGUCAACAAAAAGACCUACGAAGACUUGAAACGCCAAGGCCUGCUGUGAUGGGUGGGCGAGUGGCGUGGCACUUCUCUGCUUUCUUCUCUUCUUUUCACAACCGGAUUUUCCUUAGCCAUCUGAGCUGGGGCUGUCAGGAGAUGUGGUUUCUGUAAGACAUUUUCUUUGUAUGAAACUAAUUCAUAGAAAUAAAACCUAGUUUUAAAACCCUG